AAUUUUUUUCUUUUGUUCAAGAAAAGUAAUAAAAAUAAAAAAAAUAAAAUCUAAAAAAUGGAAUCCGAUGAAGCAGUUAUCUAUAAAUUAUGGCGUAUACGUAAAACCGUCAUGCAAUUAUGCAAUGAUCGUGGAUAUCUUGUAACACGUGAUGAAAAAGAACAAACAUUGGAUCAAUUUAAAGAACAAUAUGGUGAUAAACCAAGCGAAAAUCAUCCAUCACGUAGUGAUUUAAUCGUACUGGUUUCACAUAUGAAUGAUCCAACUGAUCAAAUGUUUGUAUUCUUUCCGGAUGAACCAAAAAUCGGCAUAAAAACGGUCAAAAAUUAUUGUCAACGUAUGCAAGAAGAAAAUAUAACACGUGCUAUGAUUGUAGUACAACAAGGAAUGACACCAUCAGCUAAACAGGCAUUAGUGGAUAUGGCACCAAAAUAUAUUCUUGAACAAUUUUUAGAAUCUGAAUUAUUGAUCAAUAUAACUGAACAUGAAUUAGUACCACAACAUAUUAUAUUGAAUGUAGAAGAAAAAGCUGAACUAUUAGCACGUUAUAAAUUGAAAGAAAGUCAAUUGAUGAGAAUACAAGCUAGCGAUCCGGUUGCACGUUAUUAUGGAUUGAAACGUGGCCAAGUAGUAAAAAUCAUACGACCAUCAGAAACGGCUGGACGUUAUAUUUCUUAUCGGCUAGUUGUAUAGAAAAAUUAAUCAUUUGUUUUUUUCAUCACAAUUUAAAAAUCUGAAAUCAUCAUUUCAUUUAAUCAU